CAUGAAAGGCUGGACAACGCCGAGUGGUGACGUUUCCUCAUUGGGCGGAAGGUUCGGUGGCAGUCGUCGGUCUUCCAGCUGGUGGGAGUUGGCGUCGCGGUGCUGGGCGCUGGGACCCUAGUUUGUACAGUUUGGGAAGUCGGGUUGUGGGGUCGCACCUGUCUGUCGGCUCCUUGGCUUUCCUGGGUCUUCUCCCUCGGCGUGGGGCCUCGCGAAGGAAUCCCGGGCCCUUUGGGCCACGGCGUUGGUGCCUGCUUUUGCGAUUUCCUCAUAAGUGUGUCUUAAGCCUUCAAGAUGGUACUAGCAGACCUUGGAAGAAAAAUAACAUCAGCAUUACGCUCUUUGAGCAAUGCCACCAUUAUCAAUGAGGAGGUGUUAAAUGCUAUGCUAAAAGAAGUAUGUACAGCAUUAUUGGAAGCAGAUGUUAAUAUUAAACUGGUGAAGCAACUAAGAGAGAAUGUUAAGUCUGCUAUUGAUCUUGAAGAGAUGGCGUCUGGUCUUAACAAAAGAAAAAUGAUUCAGCAUGCUGUAUUUAAAGAACUUGUAAAGCUUGUAGACCCUGGAGUUAAAGCAUGGACACCCACGAAAGGAAAACAGAAUGUGAUCAUGUUUGUUGGAUUGCAAGGGAGUGGUAAAACAACAACAUGUUCAAAAUUAGCCUAUUAUUACCAGAGGAAAGGUUGGAAGACCUGUUUGAUAUGUGCAGACACAUUCAGAGCAGGGGCUUUUGAUCAGCUAAAACAGAACGCAACCAAGGCAAGAAUUCCCUUCUAUGGAAGCUAUACAGAAAUGGACCCUGUUAUCAUUGCCUCUGAAGGAGUGGAGAAGUUCAAAAAUGAAAAUUUUGAAAUUAUUAUUGUUGAUACAAGUGGCCGUCAUAAACAAGAAGACUCUUUGUUUGAAGAAAUGCUUCAAGUUGCUAAUGCUAUACAACCUGAUAAUAUUGUUUAUGUGAUGGAUGCCUCCAUUGGGCAAGCUUGUGAAGCCCAGGCCAAGGCUUUUAAAGAUAAAGUAGAUGUAGCUUCAGUAAUAGUGACAAAACUUGAUGGCCAUGCAAAAGGAGGUGGUGCACUCAGUGCAGUUGCUGCCACAAAAAGUCCAAUUAUUUUCAUUGGUACAGGGGAACAUAUAGAUGACUUUGAACCUUUCAAAACCCAGCCUUUCAUCAGCAAACUUCUUGGUAUGGGUGACAUUGAAGGACUGAUAGAUAAAGUCAACGAGUUAAAGUUGGAUGACAAUGAAGCACUUAUAGAGAAGUUGAAACAUGGUCAGUUUACGUUACGAGAUAUGUAUGAACAAUUUCAAAACAUCAUGAAAAUGGGCCCUUUCAGUCAGAUCUUGGGGAUGAUCCCUGGUUUUGGAACAGAUUUUAUGAGUAAAGGAAAUGAACAGGAAUCAAUGGCAAGGCUAAAGAAACUAAUGACAAUAAUGGAUAGUAUGAAUGAUCAAGAACUCGACAGUACGGAUGGUGCCAAGGUUUUUAGUAAGCAACCAGGAAGAAUCCAAAGAGUAGCAAGAGGAUCAGGUGUGUCAACGAGAGAUGUUCAAGAACUUUUGACACAAUACACUAAAUUUGCACAGAUGGUAAAAAAGAUGGGUGGUAUCAAAGGACUUUUCAAAGGUGGUGACAUGUCUAAGAACGUGAGCCAGUCUCAGAUGGCAAAAUUGAAUCAACAAAUGGCCAAAAUGAUGGAUCCAAGAGUUCUUCAUCAUAUGGUGUGUGACUUUCUUGGAGAGAAGAUUGCAUCUGUUUUGGGCAUCAGCACCCCAAAAUAUCAAUAUGCCAUUGAUGAAUAUUACCGGAUGAAGAAGGAGGAAGAAGAAGAAGAGGAGGAAAACAGGAUGUCUGAAGAAGCUGAAAGACAGUAUCAAGAACAGAAAAAGCUGCAGGCUGAUUCUGUGGUUCAGACAGACCAGCCUGGAACAGCGGUUUCCACUUCGUUUGUGAAUAUCAGUUUUGAAAUGGAGGGAGACUGUGAAGUAACGAUGGAAGGCAAACAAAACCCAGUCACUGUCCCACCCUAGAAAUGAAAUGACUAUCAAACUUCAAACCCCGGGGUUGUUUUUGGACAAUGAACUUUCACAUUCUCUAUUUAGUGGGACUUAAUAUAGUUAUUUAUAUUUUAAAUUAUUAAGUUAUCCAGAACGGGAAAAUGUUUCUUCAUUCUUGGGCUUUAUCUAGCAAAAGCCAGAUCUGAAAUUUAGAUAUUUGUACUAUGCCUUUAUUGUAUCAAAUUAGUGAUUUUUUUAAAAAAAAAGAUCUUUUAAAAAAGUUAAGGGCAUGCUAGAGCCUGACUUGCCACUUAGGAAGAGUUUAAAAAAAAAUUAUCUUGUGUGUUUGUGAAAGAUGGGUAAAUUGCUGAUUAAGACUCAUUGGAGUUGAUAUUUCUAGUCUCAAAAUAAGGAUUUUUUUUCCCUUAGAUUUUCUCUUGUUGCCUUGCAUUUAUAUAUAAUUUUUAAUCAUUAAUUUUGCACUAAGGCUGGUUCUUUGAGUGUGUAAUAAAAGGAUUAAGAUGGAAGCACAAGAUCAUUGAGAAUAACCUUAUUUUUUGGAAGAGUGUUUGAGUUACUUUGUAACGAGUUACUUUGUAACAGUCAGACCACUUGACCCGAUGUGUGUCAAAGUAGAACUCUGCUCCACAGGGUUUUCAACAGCUGGUUUUUUGUAAGUAGAUUGCCAGGCCUUUCUUCUGAGUGCCUCUGGGUGGAUUCAACCCUCUAACCUUUUGGUUAGUAGCCAAGCGUGUUAAAACAUUUGUGUCACCCGGAGACUCCAGUUUGUAACAGCACAAACUAUUAAGUUUCUAUUUUUUGGUGCAGGUUACAUGUUCUUUUCACUAUUUAUUCAGUUAACCUAACAGUUCAAAGUGCUAGUUAUGGAAUGAAUUUAUUAAUAUAUUUAUAUUCAAAUAUUAAUACAUGAUGAUUAAUCCCAUAGCAUCUUCUGAUUCAGAGUGGAGGUACAAAUGAAGAUUUAACCCCUCAGGAGCUCACUUAAAUAUUGUACAAAAGAGCAGUAGUAGCUGUCAUUCACCAUUCUGAAGUAGCAGUAGUGAGGUGGUCAGUUUACUCGAACCAGGUCGGCCAUUUCUCUACCCACUGUACCGUUUGCAAACCUCACAAGAGUAUAUAAUAUGAAGCUAAUUUUGAAAAUAUUCCUAAAAAUAUGUUCAGAACCUUAUGAUAUAGCUGUAUGACUGUGAUUUAUAACCAAACAUGGAUAAGAAUUAAUGAGUGGAUUAUUCUAGAAAUGCUUUUAAACCUGUUCACAAACUUAAAAAUUAAAAGUUUUUAGAAAUUAAUGGCCAUGUUAAUAGCCUUCUGAACAGCAUUAAGCAUUCAAUCUUAAAUGUUUAUGUAAAAUAUGUCUUCAAAGAAACAACAUAGGUACAGUGGGCCUAUUAUGGAAUUCUAUCAUCCAUGAACAUGAAGGUUUGGCUACUAAAUUCUUCAGCUAAAAUUUGAAGGAUUUAGGAACAAUAAUUAAAUUCUUCAUUAGCAGUCUUCAGUUAUAUGGAUUUAUGGUAUAGUGAUUCAUAGUAUGUAAUGGUUUUUUUAAUGGUAAUCUUGGUAUUCACUGAGUAUAAACUAUUAAUUAAUGCUUAAAGAAUUAACUCUUCAGACCAUGUAGGUUGUAUAACUGUCACCAUAAAUUACAGUUUACCAACAGCUUUAAAGCAUGCUCAUCUGACCUCUCUCCAAUUUGUUUUUGACUUGAUGAGAUAGUACCUCCAACUCAUAUUUGAGUAUCAAGUGAAAGCAUGAAUAUCUAAAGGUGAUGUUCUAAAUCUUCUUAGAGGCACUAGUAUCUAGAGGAGAUCACCUAGGAACUUCUCUGAUUGUAGCAGAAAGAAAAUAGUGACUUAUGAAGGUUUUAUAUUUCUUAAAAUUUUUUUCUCUACUUGUCCAACAGUGGAAAAUCUGUAAUGUUUAUAAACAGAGUUAUUACCUGUGCCUUAAAUUUUUAUACUUUUUAUGUAAACUAUAAAAUUUCCCAUAAAUGCAUUAAAUGAUUUGUUUUAAUUUAAGCCUCUUUCACUUUUUCCUAAUUUGUUUCAAGCCUUUUAAUAACUACUAAUCCCUCUGUAUCAUAGUUCAUGAUAUUCUACCCUCUUCUAAUCUUUCAUCUCAAAAGUCAAACACAACAGUUAGUUUAACUGAAGAAAGAGCCUUUUAUACUUAACAUAAAUUCUCAUGGCUCUUAACAAGAGUUAUGCUUUAUAAAAUAUAAACCUGGUACUAGUUAAUAAAGCUAGACAUUUUUAUAGCAAUGAUUUUAAUGAAAAUAUUAGUUUGAAUACUUUUAAUUGGAAACAUCCUAUAAAAAGGAAGAUCAUGUCCAAACACUUCUAACCCAGAAAUAACUAUGCUAAUAAAUGGAAAGUCUAUUAUUUAAUAUGUAAUACUUCAGAAGACUGAAGGUUAAAUGACAUAAUUUACACUAUUCCUCCAAUAUUCAAAUUCUUAGUGAUUAAUGUCAGAAACAUUUCAUAAAACCUUAACUUUUAUAAGGAGAGUCAGGAAUAGGAGGAGGAUAGGGAAUGUGUAGCUAACUGCCUCCAUGAACAACUGUUUCCUUUGACAUGAAACCAGAAUAACUGGAUGUUGCCCAGCUACCAUUACUGAACAUUUUGGUCAAAGAGUCCAUAGAAGAACCCUGAUCAAAAGGGGGGAAAUGCAGAACAAAAUUUCACAUUUUCAUGCACUCUGAACUUUCUGGAGCCAUGGAGGGUAGAUGAACCCCUGAAACUACUGCCCUGAGAUAAUCUUUAAACCUUAAACCAAAAAUAUCCCUUCAGGUAUCUUAAAACUGAACAAUAGGUUAGCUUAACUAGUAAAAAAAGUCUGCCUUGAGCAUUAUGCUCUUUUAAGAACUAUCUGUAUGGGAUCAAACUGACAACAGCAAGUCUAAAGAUUAGAACCUUAGGGGGCAGUGAGCUUGUUAAUGAGGGAGGAACAACUCAGAAAAGGAGAGUGAGGAUGGUUACACAACUUAAGGAAUGUAAUUGAUGUCACUAAAUUGUACAUGUAAAAACUUGAACUGGUGUAUGUUUUCUGUGUAUAUUCUCAACAAAAAAAUAAAAUUUAGAAAAAAAAAAAAACCCAAAACAUUUAUCUCUAAA